AAAGAGUUAAUAGUUAUGUCUGAUAACGUAGCUCAUGCGCUUAGCGGCGCAGCUGGCGGCAUCAUUUCUAUGGCCUUGACAUAUCCUUUAAUAACAGUUAGUUCUAGGCUCCAAGUUCAAAAAGAUAAUAAGGCAGUAGAAGCUUAUAAAGGUGGAAGGGAUGCAAUUAUGAAAAUUAUAAGAAUUGAAGGUAUUAGUGGGUUAUACUCCGGGGUGAAUUCUGCCAUAUUUGGUAUUGCUCUUACGAAUGUAUCUCAAAACUUAAACUUAAUUCUUAUUAUAGGUGUUUAUUAUUAUUUUUACGAGUGGACCAAGGCAGCAUUUGAAAAGUCGGCAAGUCCAAAACGUCCUAUAUCAAUCAAAGAAUCUAUGCUCUCAGGCGCUAUAGCCGGUGCUUUAACUGCCAUAAUCACAAAUCCUAUAUGGGUCGUUAAUACUCGUAUGACGACACGUAAAGAUUCGUUAGAUGAAAGCAUUAAAAGCGAAUCAAGUGUAAAACAGGUAAAACAGAUGAAAGCAAAAAGAUUGGGUACUAUUUCAACAGUUUUGAAAAUUAUUGAAGAAGAUGGAAUUAUGGCCUUCUGGCAAGGUGUUAAGCCUGCUUUGAUUUUAGUUAUCAACCCAAUUAUUCAAUACACCGCGUAUGAACAAUUAAAAGUACAAUUAGAGAAAAUCAAGAAAUUAGGAAGCCUUGAUUUUUUUUUAUUAGGUGCUGUUAGCAAACUCAUUGCCACCACAUUAACUUAUCCUUACAUUGUUAUUAAAUCACGUAUGCAACUUCGCCAAUCUUCAAAAGAAAGUAGUCGAUAUAAUUCAGUGAUGGAUGGUUUACGAAAAAUUAUUCAAAAUGAAGGCGUUAAUGGUCUUUACAAAGGAAUUACAUAUAAAUUACUUCAAUCUCUCGCACUCCAGCAUUUUCGCAACUGCGAAUUUGUAUUUGCAGCUCGUUGGUAUGCCACCGAGACAACUAGUAGCACGUCUGGGUUGCGUUUAAGCUUCGUACUUCCCCAUCAGGCCAUUUAUAAAAAUGUGGAAGUUCAACAAGUUAAUAUUGCAGCGACAUCUGGUGAUAUGGGUAUUUUAGCCAGUCAUGUACCUUCAAUUGAACAAUUGAAACCAGGGGUCAUUGAAGUAAUUGAAAAUGCAAAUACUACGAAAAAAUUUUUUGUUAGUGGUGGAUUUGCUAUAAUCAACCCCAAUUCCUCGCUUGACAUUAAUGCCGUAGAAGCCUUUCCACUGGAAGAAUUUUCACCUGAGGCAAUUAGAGCAAAUUUAGCGGAAGCACAGCGAACUGUGACAUCCGGACCUUCAGAAGAAGAAAGGAAUAUCGCAAAGGUUGAAGUCGAAGUUCUUGAAAGUUUACAAAGUGCAUUAGGCAAAUGA